GUCAUGAAGAUGUGAUUAUGAGUAAGUGAAUUACUAUCAAUCGCAACAAACGCCACUAAGAUAUCAACUCCUCCUCUCCUCUUACACUUUCUCUCUCUCUUCUCCGAUCUGCCUGUUCCUUUCGAUUUCAUGGUCGAAUUUUGAGUGGAAGAAUUGAAACCGUUGCGAAAUGGCGGGAGAAGGAACCUUAUCGUUUUCCUCGCCUCAGUAGUGGAGGAUGUACUGCAACAACACGGCAUAGAUUGAGGGAUCUUGAUUUGGAGUCUAGAAAGGUGAGGAAGCCGCGUCAAGAAGGUAUGAAGCCGCUGGGUGGCUAAGAAAAACGGUAGGAGUUGUCGCGGCUAAAGAUUUGCCAGCUGAGCCUUCAGAGGAAGAGUUCAUGCUUGGAUUGAGAAGUGGGAUUAUCCUUUGCAAUGCCCUAAACAAAAUUCAACCUGGAGCUGUGCCUAAGGUAGUCGUAAGUCCCGAGGCUGUUCCCAUUCCUGAUGGAGCUGCGUUGUCAGCAUUUCAGUACUUUGAAAAUGUGAGAAAUUUCCUUGUGGCGGUGCAAGAGUUGGGGCUUCCUACUUUUGAGGCUUCUGAUCUUGAACAAGUUGGAACGUCUGGAAGGGUUGUGAAUUCUGUGCUAGCACUUAAAUCCUACUGCGAGUGGAAACAGACCGGUGGUCAUGGAAUAUGGAAAUUUGGUGGAAAUGUAAAAUCUACUACACUGGGGAAAACUUUUGUCAGAAAAAAUUCAGAGCCAUUCAUGAAUUCCUUGUCGAGAACCUCAUCAAUGAAUGAAAAGGCUUUAAAUCCUCACUCUUCUGACCUUGACUCUAAUAAAAUGUCAAGUUCUGGUUCAUUGAGUAUGCUUGUUCGUGCGGUUCUUUUAGAUAAGAAGCCUGAAGAAGUUCCAACAUUGGUAGAAUCGGUGCUAAGCAAGCUAGUGGAGGAGUUUGAGCAUCGCAUUGCAAGCCAAUAUGAACAAAAAACAGCUCCAAAAGAUAUAGCUGCUGCUCAUGGCGAGUUUCUGCUGAAAUCUGCUGUUGUCGAUAAAAAGCCAGAAGGCAAAAACUACAAAGUGACAAAGAAGGAGGAAUGCUUUCAUAAAAAUUACAUUCCUGAAGAGGAACUAAAAAGUCGGUCUCUAAAACAGCAAAUGAUCUUUGAUCAGCAACAAAGAGACAUUCAGGAACUAAAGCAUACCAUUCAUACUACAAAAGCUGGUAUGCAGUUUAUGCGAAUGAAAUUUCAUGAGGAGUUCAACAAUCUAGGUAUGCACGUUCAUGGUCUAGCUCAUGCUGCGUCUGGUUAUCACAGAGUUCUGGAGGAAAAUCGCAAGCUAUACAAUCAGGUGCAGGACCUCAAGGGAAGUAUCCGUGUCUACUGUCGAGUGAGACCAUUCUUAUCUGGACAGUCAAAUUACUUGAGCUCGGUUGAUCAUAUAGAAGAGGGGAAUAUCACAAUUAACACCCCAUCUAAGUAUGGUAAAGGACACAAGUCCUUCAGCUUUAACAAAGUUUUCGGGCCAUCUGCAACACAGGCGGAGGUGUUCUCUGAUAUGCAGCCACUGAUCCGAUCAGUUCUUGACGGAUACAAUGUCUGUAUAUUUGCAUAUGGCCAAACGGGAUCUGGAAAAACUUUUACUAUGAGUGGUCCCAGGGAGCUCACUGAGAAAAGUCAAGGUGUUAAUUACAGAGCAUUAGGUGAUUUGUUUCUUCUAGCAGACCAGAGAAAGGAUAUGUUCCGCUAUAACAUUGCUGUUCAGAUGUUGGAGAUUUAUAAUGAGCAAGUCAGGGACCUGCUUGUUACUGAUGGAUGUAACAAAAGAUUAGAAAUUCGCAACAGUUCUCAAACUGGUCUUAAUGUUCCGGAUGCAAGCCUUAUUCCUGUUUCAUCAACAGUUGAUGUUAUUGAUCUAAUGAACCUUGGACAAAAGAACCGUGCAGUCGGUGCAACAGCCCUGAAUGAUCGUAGUAGUCGUUCUCAUAGUUGCUUGACUGUGCAUGUUCACGGAAGAGACUUGACUUCUGGAAUGUUAUAUCGUGGAUGCAUGCAUCUGGUUGAUCUGGCAGGAAGUGAGAGGGUAAACAAAUCCGAGGUCACUGGAGAUAGACUGAAAGAGGCACAGCACAUUAACAAAUCUCUGUCAGCGUUAGGAGAUGUUAUCUCUUCUCUUGCGCAAAAGAACCCACAUGUCCCAUACAGAAACAGCAAACUCACACAAUUGCUCCAAGAUUCACUUGGGGGGCAAGCCAAGACACUAAUGUUUGUUCACAUAAGCCCUGAACCUGAUGCCGUUGGUGAAACAAUAAGUACACUUAAAUUUGCAGAGAGGGUUGCCACUGUUGAACUUGGUGCUGCUCGAGUGAACAAAGAUAGUUCAGAUGUUAAAGAGUUGAAAGAACAGAUUGCCAGCCUUAAGGCUGCAUUAGCAAGGAAAGAAGGAGAUCAAGAACAUUCAAUGGCUGGCAGCUCUGAAAGAUAUAGAACAAAAACUAGCGAGUUAUCACCUUUUAUUUCUAACCAACGGGUUGGAGAUAUUUUGGGUGACCAAAACAGCUAUCGGCAAGCCAUGGGUGAUGUAGAGGUUCAAACCAACUCUGUGUUAAGGCAAAAGAGGCAAAGCUUUGAUCUUGAUGAGCUAUUGGCGAAUUCGCCACCAUGGCCUCCGGUUGUUAGUCCGGCUCAAAAUUAUGGGGAGGAUGAGAAAGAAAUAGGCUCAGGUGAAUGGGUAGAUAAAGUCAUGGUUAACAAACAAGAUAUUGUAAAUAGAGUUGAAAACUCUCUUGGAUGUUGGGAAGCAGAUAAUGGGCAUUCGCCUGAUGUCUUUUACCAGAAAUAUCUCCAAGAUUCUUCCAAAAUUUAUCCGGAACAACUCUUCAUGGGAAGCAACCAGUUCAGUGUUGCUACUUCAGAUGAUCUAGAUGAUAUUGAUGCUGCUACCAGUGAUUCAUCUGAACCUGAUUUGCUUUGGCAAUUUAAUCAGUCCAAAUUUACAAGCAUAACCAAUGGCAUGGAGUCAAAGACCAAAAAGCAAAAUUUAAAAUCAGCAAAGAACCUAGAAAUAAGGAACCUAAAUCCUAUGCUAGGCGCUUCACCUUCAAGAAAACUAGCAAACGGGGUUGGUGUUCCUUUACACCGAGGUGGGAGGCAGCCUGCUUCUGCUGAUGGAAAACGGAAAACUGGAAAUAGAAAAUAGCAGUGUUGUUA